AUGGAGAAAGUGAAGGCAAAUCAAAGUCUCCAUGGGCUCCUCGUGGACAUGGCCGACUGUGAUAAGGACAAGCGCUACAUGGCUGCAUCCGACGUCACUGCACUCGUCCUCGAUGCUCGUCUGGACCUAGAUGCGGCGGUGCAGGAUCAGGUCGUCCGCGCCUUCCUGAAUCAACUCGAGGACUCUUCUGUUGACGUCCAGGGACAUGCCGCGAAAUGUUUGUCCGCAUUCACCUCGAGGCUGACGGAGGAAAAUGCAGCGAGCGUUUUGGCCCAGCUUGCGCGGUCGACGCUGGACCCUAACAAUUCUGUCCGGGACAUUUACGCGGCUUGUCUCAAAGGCGCCAUUGGAGAACUGCAUCAAACCGCCGCGACUGUGUUCGCCGGAAGCGUCCUUCCUGACUUGACAGGCACCCUGGCGACGGCUGCUCGGCGCCCGCGGGGCGUUGAGGAAGAGGCGCUUGAGUUGCUCUCAGAGGCCCUUCGUCAUUUUCAAGAUCAAAGAGAAAUCUGGAGUCGAGAUGGAUCAGAGCUGCUCGUCGCGCUCCUCGAAAUCUUGAGAGCUCCCACUGUCUCGGCUUCUGUGAAGAAGAAAGCAGCGACAGCGCUCGGGUCCUUCGCCGUCGUGCUGCCUGGGGCGUUGCGACAGUCUCUGUUUCGCGCGCUCCUCGCCGAGGUGCCCGCGCCGUCUGCGUCGUCGCGUUUCUUCGCACAGGCGCUGGGGCAGGUCGUUCGCCAGCUGGACGCCGCCUCUCUCGCGCCCUUUGUGAGAGCGUUGACGGACGUCUGUUUCGCCUUGAUUGCGAAGAACAUGCCUGCUUCGGACGCAGCGGCAAUGGCGGCCAACCUCGACCAGGGACUCGCACUCCUCGCAGACUCGGCGCCCGACGAGCCGGCUUCUGACGCGCAGCACGAACUCGUGGAGCUCUGUCUAGGCAUGUUGGAGACGUUUCUCCUCUUAUGCCCAGAAAAGCUGGCGGCUCGCCUGGAGCGGCUCGACGCGCUUCUUCACGUCCUUCUCAGCUACUUCCCAAACUGCUACGAAGACGCAGACGCCGCGCUCGACAGAGAGACAGAUGCGUGUCUCGACGACCAAGACGCUCUAGGCUUCGAGAAAGACUUCGACUUCAACGACGAGGACGAGGACGACGACUCCUCGUGGAGAGUCAGAAAAGGCGCUGUGAAGGUUCUCAAAGCGGAGAUCCAGGCGUUUCCGGAGCGGGAGGACGUCUAUUACGGCAAGUUCUUGCCUGUGCUUCUGCGAGCGGUGAAUGGAGAGGAAGCGCCCGAAGAGGCGCUGGACUGCGUCGACGAGAUUCUCCGAGCCACCCUGAGGACGCAGAGCAGCUUCCGAGAAAGAGGAGAGGAAAGUCCCGAAGCGAAGGUCCCCGACGCGCUUGAGCGCCGAGACGGCCGUCGUGCAGUGAAGCGAAUGAAGGUGACGGAGAAGCCCCUGGCGCGCGCGCUGCCUUCGAUCGUCGCGACGGUCUCCCGGCGUCUGUCGAGGUCGACGGCGGUGUCCACGCGUCUUUCCUGUCUCCGGCUGCUCCACGACCUGCUUUUCGCCGCCCCCUCAGAAGUCUCUCUUUGCUUGACGGAGUGUGGAUUUCUCGUGGUGGCUUCUCUGAGAGACCCUGCGAGUGCCUCUGCCGUUCGUCUGGCUGGCCUGAACGUCGUCGCGGCUGCGCUGCUCUCCGGCUUGAAAUCCAAUACAUUCAAAGGCCUCUGCGACUCUCCGUCGAUCUGCCGUGUGUCGUCGCCGUCUGUGGGAACCUGCCCUGGUGAGAAGAGCAGCCGAGGCGGCGGCCCGCGCCUCGGGAUGCUGACCGCCGCCUCCCUGUCGUUUUGUUCUUUUCUUGGAGACGCCGAGGGGACGCGAAACGCGCGUCUGGCAGCCGCGGGAGAAGGGAGCGAACUCUUGGUGCAUGCAACCAAGGCCGGAGUCGCUGCGCUUCUCUCCCAUCUCGUGGACGCAAAUCUCGCCUCCCAAGUGUCUCCGCAGUUCCGCGUCGACGCCCAACGCGCGCCUGCGCAGCGAGAGCGGGGGAUGCCCUGCGGCCACAGUCCCCUCCAUAGCCGCCGAGGCGAAGGCGGAAAGAAGACGCAGGAGACACUCGGAGACAGUUCGGGAGAAGAGGGCGCGGACGCAGAAGACGCGCCGGGAAGCGGAUGCUGGGCCGCUAAAAUUGACUUUCUUCUCAAGGCGCUCCCAGAAAUCGUCAACCUCACUCAAGACGGACUCUUCGAAAUCGCCGGAUACGCCCUGCUCGUCACUGGAUACACAGUCGCUUUUCUUCGUUUGGUGAGCGCGGCGGAGUUGGAAGGGCCUGAGGCGGCCAGCGUCGCCGCGGUGCUUCCGAGCUUGGUCGGCAGAGCACUCGCGGCUCUCCACGACUCUCUGCGGCGCGCGGACAUCGACCUCGAGGUGAAGCAGGCGUCUUUGAUAUGUGUGGGCUUCGUCCUGGCGGCGGGGGGUGGGUUCCCAGAGACGCAUGCACAGCUUCGCACAACAUGGCCGCUCUUCAUGGAUCGCCUUAAAAACGAGGUCACGAGAGAGAAAGCCUUGGAGGCACUGGAGGUUGUUCUGCUUUCUCGUUUCGGAGUCGAUCUGUCAAGCGUUGCCGGCGACGUCCUUUCCGCAGUGGCCGCGGCCCUCGCUUUCCAGCAGUCGCGCGGCGUUCGCCAGACAUGUCUCGACAUUCUCUCUGCCCUCGUGCUUCGCUACCACAGCUACCUUUCGCAGGACUCUCUAGCCGACAUGCUGAGCGAAGUCACCGGACAGCUCACGCCGACAGACCUGCCGUUCGUCGAGGCUUCCCUUCUGGUGAUCCUCAAUUCACUGCGCGUGCAGCCGGCCUUGGCCGCUCGGCUUAUAGGCGAGUGCGUCCUGCCGCGCCUGCUGCUUCUCCUUCGGUCACCUCUCUUCCAAGGGCCGGCCCUGACUGCUGCUCUCCACUGCAUUUUCGUUUGUCUCUCGCAGUUCGACGUCGUUGACAAAGAACGCUUUUUUCAGGACUUGGGAGAUGCACAUGCAGCGCUCUCGGCUGUCGAAGAGGCGGAGAAGACGCCUCAUCUCCCGCGCGACGAGCGUCGUCCGGGCGUUCUGCAUGCAUCAGCGAAGACGCCUUCUUCUUUUUCGUCGCUCUCUCCGGAACUCCUCACAGUCCUCGCGACCCUCGCCCAGAGCCGAGCAGUGGUCGCGGCGGCAGCUGGAGACGCUCGCUUCUCUCAGCGGACCAUCGAACAAGAAGUGGAGAUUCUUCAAGAGCAAGCGACAUGCAUGCAGCCUGUCGAGGGCCUCGAUCUGGUUCGUCUGCUUCUCGCCUUGCUCACCACAGGAGAAAUCGGUCGCCUCGCGUCGCUGGUUCGCCUGCCAGAUACCACGGCGCAAGAAGCCUUCGAGGCUCUCGCCGCGUUGGUCGAGGGAGGCCCCGCGCCUGCUCGACGGGUCGCGGCUCGUGCCAUAGGCGUCUUUGUGUCGGGCAAUCCUUCUCGCUUUCUUCUUCCCCUCAUUUCGCUCGUUCAGAAAGCGCAUGCAGACCACGACGCGCUCAGUCUCCCCAUGUCGGAGCCCACAAGGGCAGGCGCCCCCGGCGAGGAAGCCUCAGAGAGCGGAGCCGCGGCUGAGCCGGACGCGCGAGACAGAGACGCAAAAGGCGCCACACAGAGAGACAUGAAGGAACGGCGCAAAACACAGCACAUCCUCUUGUUUGCCCUGAAGGAGAUGACUGCUGAACCGGGGCCGUUUCUUCGCUUCCUCGCGGAAGAGGCGGCAACACCAGAGCAAGACAUCGACAUGUCUGGAGACGAGGCCGGAUCCGUCGCCGCGGAAGCGCAAAAUGCGUCUCUCGCGGAUCUUCUUCGUCCCCACAUUCACAAGAUGCUGCCGCUCUUCGUGCAGCUGAGUGCAUGCGCGGAGGACUCCGACCGCUGCGUCCUCUCAGACUGCUUGGGGCAACUGUGUCUCCUCGACCCUCCCACCGUCAUUCCCACUGUGCUGCGCCUCUUCCAGACGCCAAGCGCGGACGCUCGACGAACUGCGCUUGGCUGUGUGCGCUCUCUCUGGGCUUCUGCGUCACUCUUGGAUGAGAAAGAACGCGAGGCAAUUAAAGGCGCUUUCCUCGCUUGCCAGAGCGACCCUGACCUCGCGGUUCGCCGCGACCUGAUGGCCGCGUUGCAGGUUCUGGUAGGACUGCCCCGCCCUGGGGGCGUUUCCCGGUGGUUCUCGACUCAGGAACUUCGCCAGGUUGUCGAGAGGCUUGCCGUCGAAGUCGAAGUCAAACCAGAACUCAUCCGGCAAGUCGACCUCGGUCCCUUUCGCCACACGGUCGACGAUGGACUGCCUCUGCGCAAGUCAGCGUACUCACUCUUGCGCGCUCUGCUCCAGGCGUCUUCGCCUCUCUGUUUGGAAGAGGUUGUGCCUCGUGAACGCCUUGUCGAGUUCGCUGUCAACGGCUUAACAGACACCAAUGACGACGUCCAUGUUCUGGCUGCGGGGAUUGUCUCCCAGCUCGCUUCCUCGGUCUCAACUUCUCUCAAAGCAAACAGACUCAGGGUCACUCCUCGCCUAGCUGCGCUCGUUGUCAGCGUGGCGGAUGCGGCGGCUGCGCCUCUGGCGUCGGCGGUUACCCGUUGCCUUUCUGCUCUUCAGCGGCAGAGAAAUGCGUUUCAGUCUGCGUCCUCCGAGGGGAGUGCAGCGACCGCGGCGGAGGCGGCGGAGCGGCAGAUGGACCUUCUGCGGAUUUUCGUUCGGUGCAUGCACCAGCUCGACGGGGCGUUUCAGUUCUGUCGGGGGAGCCAGGCAGAAGAAGAGUCUCUCCAGAGCGACGAACGCGGCGCUAACCGAGAGGAGGCACUCCGCAGUCGGCCCGGUGUGCCAGCGAUGAAGAAAGUGCAGAACGAGAAAGGCGAAGAAUACCACAUCGUUGACGACUCUGCGCAGCUGAGACACAGCGGCGAAGAAGCGAAGCCGACAGGCGAAGUCUGGAUGGAAGUCCUGACGCGCGAACUUCAAAAUCCUGUCUUCUUGCAAAUCUGGCGUACGGCUCGAAAGGGCGGGGAAGAAGGCGACGCGUUCGGUGCUGUGGGAUGCUGACUUUGUUGAGGAAGUGUGUUCAAAGGAAAGAGCGGGAGAAGGUCACUCGCGGAAGUCCUUUAAAACCUUUCUUCGUGCUCCAGAGCUCGUGCGAACCGUCAAAUUCGCGAGC